AUGAAAAAUUUAUUAUCGAGUUUUACAAAACACAGGCACAUAAUACACGCCGGAUAUACUUUUGCCGGAAACGGAUCAUGGAUAUUGCAGGAUGGAACUUUAUCGAUAUCGGAUUUAGUCGAAGGCCUUCACGAACCGGAAGUAUUGAGAGUUUUAAAAGCUUACGAAAAUUCCGUUUCCAUCGAUAUACAUUGCGCUUCUGAGGGGGAUUGGACGACGGAGAGAUUUAAAAAAGAACCCGUAUCGAAACUUUGUAACAUUAGAAUAAAUCCCGGGGAUGUUAUGACGUCUGGAAAAAAUCCGGAAAUAUCAUCUUUCAUCGAUUACUUAUCACCUUUUUUAGAGCCGGCCAACAUACAACAAUUACUCCAACCGACGGAUGUGGUCGGAAACAUACGAUUCACUCAUCCCACUCUUUACGUAUUCCCGGGUGGUCAAGGGGAUGCUGCACUUUUUGGUAUCAACGGAUUUAACAUGCUCAUAGAUGGGGGUUUUGCCCGAAAAGCUUGCUUUUGGGAUUUCGCCAGACAUUUGGAUCGUCUCGAUGCCGUUUUGUUGACGAGGUUAAAUAAUAGCACGAUAAAUGGUAUUUCGGCCGUUUUGCAAAGGAAAAAAAUGAAUCACGUGUAUCCGCAAAUAGGACAUUUUUUUUGUAACUUGCAGCUUACGAAAACGAUUUUGUUACAGGAUCGUAAAAUUGCAUUGUCUCCCGACGGUGAUAAAGAUAAAGACUCGUUGAUCGUGAAUUUAGCAGAAGAAGGACAGGAAAUCGUGGCUAAUUUACGUCAUUUAGCAUUGAAACCUCAUCCCUGUUACAGAGAUGGAAAUCAAAUAGAUCCCGUUAAUUUGUAUCAUAAAGUCGGUCACGGAAAACUCGACAUGUACGUCAUAAGUCCGGCGAGAGAUAGUCAAGCGGUGAAAGAGUUUUUAGCCAAGUGGACGGCCAACGAUAGUCACCUGUUUUAUAACACGGGAAAAAAAGUCGGAGGAAAAGCUUUCGAAUUUCCACUGCAAAAUUUGGUUUCGAUUUGCGCUUUGCUCGUGUGGCAACCCGCUAAUCCGAGCGAUACGAUAACGAGAAUUCUAUUUCCGGGAAGCACUCCGCAACAUAAAAUAUUCGAAGGAUUGGAAAAACUCCGACAUUUGGAAUUUCUUAAACAUCCGGUGUGCACUGCGAGAAAUAUAAGUCCGCCCACGAGUGGUUCGGUGGUUCGAUCCAUUUCUAAAACGAGGCAAACUAAAUUGGUGGAAAAUAAACAAAUGGAUGCGAAACCUAUGACGAAAACGGCUGUCAAACCGAAUAAGAUAAAAUUAGAAAAGACGCCACCCAAAGACAUCAUCAAAACGAAACCGGAUACGCAGAAAUUAGCGGAAGAGAAAAAGGAAGCGGAAAUCAUAAAUGAAGAGCCUUUGAAAAAACUCGACAACCGGCUCUUGAGUAAAGACGAACAAAUCGAAAAUCUCAAAAACGAAAUUCAUAAAAUUGAAAUGGCCGAUAUCGAAGAUCAAAAGAAGAAAAUACUUCAUCGAUCGAAAUACGCAAUGAAAAACGUCAAAUCCAAAGUCGAUUCGAGAGCACCGAGUAAAAGUGCCGACAGGAAAAAAAUACCAGAAAAAAAAUUAGAAGGCGAAGCGUCUCCUCCCGGCACGCCGAAAAAAGAAUUGAUGAACGGAUCCGCGACCAAAGCUGAAAAAGUCAAAGCCGGUACCAAAGUCGUCACUAAAACGUCACCAUCGGCAACUCCUGCGAAGAGUGCCAAGGAAGCCAACAAUAGAAAAGUAGUUGAAGCUCGAGUCAUUCGUUCGACUAGUAAAUCUUUAACUAGGAAAAAAGAAGAAACUCCGCCACCGUCAACCCAGAGCGGACUCAAAGUCGAAAGGAAACCGAUAAGCCGCCGUACGAAAGCUCCGACGUCACCCGUCAAAACAACGACAACCAAGGCGAGUAAGACGGCCGAACAAGAGAAUCUCGCGGCGAAAAAAGCCGCGAAAAAAUUGGAUGUUAGCAUGAACGUCGUUAAAACGGCUGGAAAACUCCUGAAAACUGCUUCGGAUUCUCAUCCGAGUGCAGGUAUCGAAAAGACUGAAUCGCAAGAAAAAAUAAGGUCUCAACCGAAACCCGUUAACGAAGAAGACAUUAUUGAAAAUAAAGAGACUGAUAAGAUGGCUGUGAAAAAGGAAUUGGAACCUGCGCCUACUAGUCAAGACAAGUUAGACAAAACCAAAGACGAUGAAAACGAGGGAAGAGGUGAAGAAGAAGAAGAUGAAGAAGAAGAAGAAGAAGACGAAGAGGAAGAGGAAGAAUAUUUAAUUAUAACGAAAGAAGAGUCUUCGGAAGAUUCCGAAAAACCCGAUGAAAGUUUAAAAGACAACGAAGUCGUCGUCGUACCUAAUGAACCUGUAAUCGAAUCCAAACCUUCCGAAACGGAAGCGGAAGGAGAAGUUAAAAAAUUAUUACGAGAAGAAGAAGAAUCGGAAAAGAAAAAUAAAACAAUCGAAAAAACAAUCGAAACUGAGAAAACUCAAGAUAAAAUUGAUGAAAAAAUCGAUGGAAAAUCCGAUGGGAAAAUUUCCGACGAAGAAAAGAAAAUUGAGGAAAAAAUCGAGAAGGGAAAAAUUUCGGAAAAACCAUCGGAAAAUUUAAUCGAAGGGAAAAACAUUGAAUUGCAUAAACAUGAAGAACCAGAGGAUGAUAAUAACAAAGAAUCAGCGGGAGAAUCGUUUCCGGAUGAGAAAAUUUCAAAUACUUUGGAAACAUCGGCAACAACGGCACCGACAUUGCCCGAAGAUGAAAAAAUCGAAGAAGAACCUAUCGCGGAAGAAAAAAUACUCGUCGAAGAAACUCAGGAAGUCGUGGAAGAAAAAUACAUUCAAGAAGAAACAAAAGAAGAAAAACCAAAAGAAAUCGUUCAAACGGAUUUUCAAAAACCUGUCACUCCGACAAAAUUUGAAAUUGAAGAGUCACAAAAGCCGAUAUACGUGGGACAUAGAAAACCGAGGGACGUGGUCAAAACUCCGGAUGAAGUGGCAGAUUUACCCAUGCACGAAGAAGUCGAUCCGAGAAUGUAUUCGAGCGGUGAAUUUUCAAAAGAUUUACAAAAGAAACUAUCGGAAGAAUCCAUUUCCGUCGUGGCGGUAGAAAAACUUUCAGACGAUCACAAACCCGAUGAAAAAUUGAAAGACGAAUCUCAACUUUCGAUCACGUCUAAAUAUUUGAAUAUAAUAGACGAACUUGAAAAGAGCGCGCCGCCGCCGACGACUUUAGCCGACGCGGACGCGGGGAAAACGGAUGAAAAAGGGGAGGAGGAGAAAAUUUUGAUUUCCGGCGAUGAUAAAAAAGAAUUUUCCGAAUCGGAUGUUCCCGAAGGAAUCAAGGAUAUCGAUGAGGAUAAAGUCGAUGGAGAAAAAUUGUCAAAGGAAGAUUUAGAUAAACCAUCGGAUAAAGUUUUAUUGGAAUCUGAAAAACUACACAAAGGAAGUGACGUGGAAAAAAUUGAAAGUAAACCGGAUAUCCCGGAAAAAACGACGGAUUUGAAAACUCUCGAAGACGCUCCCCCCGUUGACUUAAACGAACCGAUUUUGGAAAAAUUAACCGCUCCGAUGGUGGAUUCGAAACCAUCGGAAGUAACAGAAAGAGAAAAAAUCGAACCUAAAGAAUCAAUACCGGAUGCGUUAGAAAAAGAUGACAAAGACAAACAACCUUCAACAAGAGAUAAAGAUUCUGAUGUUUUAAUUUCCGAAAAAAUGGAAGGAAAAGUCGAAUUCGACGAAUCUAAACCGACGGAAAAAAAAUUUUCUGAUGACGUUUCGUCAGUUCGCGAUGAAAAUCAAGAAAAGAAAGAAAAAGAUGAUCUCGUUAAAGGCGACACAACCCGAGAAACUAUAGACGAAUCGAAUAUCAAAAGCGAAUCUGUUAAUUUAAUCGAAAGCUCAGCUUCCCGAGAUGAGAUUGUCGAACCUUUAGAAAAAGAAUCAGACGAAGUCAAAAAAGAAACUGAUGAAAAUUCCGAGGCUAAGUUAGACGAUACCGAACGACCCGAAGAAAUGAAAAUGAGUGGGGAUGUCGUUGAUGAGGUUAAAGGAAAAUCAGACGACGAAAUCGCCCAAAAAGAAAACCAAGUUGAAAUUGUUAAAAAAAAAUCUGACGUUGAAAUGUUUUUAGAAGCGGAAAGACAACAAUAUUUGAUUAUUAAAGAAGAAAAACCUGAUGAUGUUAAAGAUUCAGUCGAAACAAGUGCGACAGAUGAGGGAUUGGACACUGGUUCUGUUGUAGAUUCAUCAAAAAAUAUUCUACUUGAAAAAGAAAUUCCGAAAGAAUUAACUUUACAACCUAUUGAUGAGAAAAAAGAAAGCGAUGAAAAACAAACAACAAAAGCACCUUCCGAUAAGGAGAGUCCUACGCAUUCGGAAAGACGAACUUCCGUUAAAGAAACCCCAGAAUUUCACGAGCGUACUUCCGGUAAAAGUAGUCCGACAGCGGAGGAAAAACUAAAAUCCGGUAAAACUAGUCCGACGGUAGAUGAAAAACUAAAAUCUGGGAAAACUAGUCCGACGGCGGAUGAAAAACUAAAAUCUGGUAAAACUAGUCCAACAAUAGACGAAAAAGUAAAAUCCGGCAAAACUAGUCCGACGGUAGAUGAAAAACUAAAAUCUGGUAAAACUAGUCCAACAAUAGACGAAAAAGUAAAAUCCGGCAAAACUAGUCCGACGGUAGAUGAAAAACUAAAAUCUGGGAAAACUAGUCCGACAGCGGAGGAAAAACUAAGAUCCGGAAAAAGCAGUCCGACGGUGGAGGAAAAACUAAAAUCUGGUAAAAGCAGUCCCACAGUAGAUGAAAAACUAAAAUCUGGGAAAACUAGUCCCACGGUAGAUGAAAAACUAAAAUCUGGGAAAACUAGUCCGACGGUAGAUGAAAAACUAAAAUCUGGUAAAAGCAGUCCGACAGUAGAUGAAAAACUAAAAUCUGGUAAAACAAGUCCGACGGUAGAUGAAAAACUAAAAUCUGGUAAAAGCAGUCCGACAGUAGAUGAAAAACUAAAAUCUGGUAAAACAAGUCCGACAGUAGAUGAAAAAGUAAAAUCUGGUAAAACAAGUCCAACAAUAGACGAAAAAGUAAAAUCUGGAAAAAGUAGUCCGACAGUAGAUGAAAAACUAAAAUCUGGAAAAAGUAGUCCAACAGUAGAGGAAAAACUAAGAUCCGGUAAAAGCAGUCCAUUACAUUUUGAGAAAGACUCUAUCAGAGAUAUUAAAAAAGAUCUUACUGAAAAAGACAAAACUCUUUUACUUGAAAAAGAAAAAUUCGCGUCGGGAAAAAGUUCUCCAGACCGGCCAACAUCCGGAAAAAGUACACCUCUAGAUAUGAGAGAACCGAUUUCAGGGAAAAGCACACCUUUGGAUAUGAAAGAAAUUCCUGAAAAAACUACUAGUGAAAUUAUGGAAAGGCGGCCUUCAGGUACAACAAAUGCCUCAUUAGAUAUCAAAGAAACAACUUCUGGAAAAAGUACACCUUUAGACGUUAAAGAACCGACUUCUGGAAAAAGUACGCCUUUAGACGUAAAAGAAUCGACUUCUGGAAAAAUUACACCUUUAGAUGUAAAAGAACCGACUUCUGGAAAAAGUACACCUUUAGAUGUAAAAGAACCAUUGUCAGGUAAAGAAACUCCAUUAGAUGUAAAAGAGGUAGUUUCUGAUAAAAGUACCAUCGAAAUCAUUGAAAGACGACUAUCCGGUACAAGUACUCCUUUGGAUAUAAAAGAAUCUCUUUCUGGAAAAAGUACUCCUUUAGAUAUGAAAGAUCUAAUAUCUCAUAAAAGCACGCCUGAAAUUAUCGAAAGACGAACCUCCGGUGCAAGUACUCCUUUAGAUAUAAAAGAAUCACUUUCUGGAAAAAGCACACCUUUAGAUGUAAAAGAGCCAACAUCUGGGAAAAGUACACCUUUAGAUAUGAGAGAUCUAGUAUCUCAUAAAAGUACACCUGAAAUUAUCGACAGGCGAACCUCUGAUGCGAGCAUUACCUCGGAAGUAGUAAAGGAACCAACUUCUGAUAAAAGCACUACAGAUAUUAUUGAAAAACGACUUUCUGGUACAAGUACACCCCUAGACGCAAAAGAAAUAAAAUCAGGAAAAAGUAGUCCUGAAAUUAUCGACAGGCGAACUUCCGGCGCGAGCAUUUCCUCAGAAGUAAAGGAACCCAUUACUGAUAAAAGCACUACAGAUAUUAUUGAAAAACGAACUUCCGGUGCAAGUACACCAUUAGAUGAGAAAGAGCCCGUUUCUGAAAAAAGUACACAUGAAAAAAGUGAAAAACGUCCUUCUGGUACAAGUACUGAUUUGGAUGUAAAAGAACCGAUUUCCGGGAAAAGUACACCUUUAGAUGUAAAAGAACCAUUGUCCGGUAAAGAUACACCUUUAGACGUAAAAGAACCAUCGACUUCUGGAAAAAGUACACCUUUAGAUAUGAGAGAUCUAGUAUCUCAUAAAAGUACACCUGAAAUUAUCGACAGGCGAACCUCUGAUGCGAGCAUUACCUCGGAAGUAGUAAAGGAACCAACUUCUGAUAAAAGCACUACAGAUAUUAUUGAAAAACGACUUUCUGGUACAAGUACACCCCUAGACGCAAAAGAAAUAAAAUCAGGAAAAAGUAGUCCUGAAAUUAUCGACAGGCGAACUUCCGGCGCGAGCAUUUCCUCAGAAGUAAAGGAACCCAUUACUGAUAAAAGCACUACAGAUAUUAUUGAAAAACGAACUUCCGGUGCAAGUACACCAUUAGAUGAGAAAGAGCCCGUUUCUGAAAAAAGUACACAUGAAAAAAGUGAAAAACGUCCUUCUGGUACAAGUACUGAUUUGGAUGUAAAAGAACCGAUUUCCGGGAAAAGUACACCUUUAGAUGUAAAAGAACCAUUGUCCGGUAAAGAUACACCUUUAGACGUAAAAGAACCAUCGACUUCUGGAAAAAGUACUCCAUUAGAUUCGAAAGAUCUAGUAUCUCAUAAAAGCACGCCUGAAAUCAUCGACAAACUUUCUUCCGGUACAAGUACUCCUUUAGAUAUAAAAGAAUCUCUUUCUGGAAAAAGUUCACCUUUAGAUGUGAAAGACCCCACGUCUCAUAAAAGUACUCCUGAAAUUAUCGAGAGACGAACUUCUGCAUCAAGUAUUUCUUCAGAAGUAAAGGAUUCUGCUACGGAAGUCACCGAAAGACGACCUUCUGGUACAAGUGCUCCAUUAGACGUAAAAGAAAUAACUUCUGGAAAAAGUACGCCGCUGGAAGUAAAAGAGGAAAUUCCUGGUGAAAGCGCCGCCGGAGAAGUUAUUGAAAGACGACUUUCUAGCGCAAGUACAUCUCUAGAUGUAAAAGAACCAAUUUCCGGAAAGAGUACGCCAUUAGAAGUAAAAGAACCCAUUUCCGGAAAGAGUACGCCAUUAGAAGUAAAAGAACCGAUUUCUGGAAAGAGUACACCAUUAGAUUCCAAGGAGCCAUCGUCCGAUAAAGGUACUUCAUUAGACUUAAAGGAACCAAUGCCUGAAAUGAGUAAAACUGAAACUAUUUUAAAACCAACUUCCGACGCAGUUAUUUUUUCUGACCUGAAAGAGUCUACAUCUGGCAAAAGUACACCCUUAGAAGUGAGAGAACCAGUAUCCGGAAAGAGCACACCUUUAGACGUAAAAGAACCGACUUCUGGAAAAAGUACACCUUUAGAUGUAAAACAAACUUCUGGUCCGAGUGUUUCCACAGAUAAAAAAUCUGGACAAAGUACGCCUACAAACAUCGAAGUAAAAAUUUCUGGAACGAGUACUCCUUUAGAUGCAGAAAUCACAGGUAUAAAAGACGAAAGCGAAGUAAAGACGUUGCCGAGGGAGGAAAUCAGUCGAAGAACGUCGACAUCGUCCGUCAUUUCUCAAGAAGAUUUAAUUUGCCGGAAGGAUUUAAGCAAAAUAGAGGAUUUCCGGCAGAGCUCAUCUGAAAUGUCACCCCUUAAAACGACUUACAUAACUUCACACGGUGAUUCCGAGUCUCUCAUGACGAGUUCGUUUUACGGUAACCUACCGACGGAAGAUGAAAUGAGAGCAGAACAUAUCAAAAACAUGCGUAAAGAAAGAGGAUACGAAUCCUUUACCGAAAUAGGUUCCGACGGAGAGAGAACGCAAAGAUCUUACUUUUACGACACGGAAGAAGAUUUGACAGGGUCUGAUAGAGAUAAAUCUCGUUUUGUGAAGACUUAUUACACGGAAGAUGGUCGCCCGGAAAACUUAGACCGUACUAGAUUCGUUCAAAGAUUUUAUGCGUCUGACAUACCGGAAGAAGAAUCGAGCACCGAUUCCGUGACGAACUGGGGACAACCCAUGAGUUUACCAUCUCCGGCUCCACCCGUGACUCAAAACGGAUUAUCAGACGCCGUUCAUGGAGUAACAACUACGAACACUACCAGCAAGGACACUCCGAAAAAAGAAAAAUUACAAAUGAAAAAGUCUGCCGAUCACAAAGGAUCAGUUAAACAAACGGAAAAACGAGCCGCAUCACUCGGACGUACCAAAACCGGUUCGACCUCUCAUCUAUACUUAGAUUUAACUUACGUGCCCCAUCACGGAAAUUCCUACUACAGCAACGUUGAAUUUUUCAAAAAAGUAAGAGCCAGAUAUUACGUAUUCAGCGGGACCGAACCCAGCAAGGAAGUGUACAAUGCACUAUUGGAAGCCAAACAAACGUGGGAAGACAAAAAAUUGGAGGUGACAAUAAUACCGACCUACGAUACCGACAUAUUAGGAUAUUGGGUAGCCGAAAACGAAGAAACUCUCGCCAAGCAUAAAAUAGAUCUCUCACCAUCGGCUAGCAGGUGUACGAUCAAUUUGCAAGAUCACGAAACUAGCUGUUCUGCAUAUCGAUUGGAAUUUUAG